CCUCCGCUUCUCUUGGCCUCGGGGCGGGGCGUGGAGGGCUGCGGGUUGGCUCGGCCCCUCCCCUCAGUCUUGGAUGUGACUGAGGCAGUCCGCUUCCAGCGCAGACGGAGCCGGCGCCCGAGCAGCCGCGGGAGCCUCGCCCUGGUCCUCCGAGGUGAGGGAGGAGGAAGAAAUUACUUUGUAAAAGCUCAGACUUGCUCCUCCCCCCUCCCCGGGCUGGAGCCCGGCCCCCCGCCGCGCUCCGGGAGCAUUUCCCUGCUUCCGGGGCUCCGGGGGUCCGAGAGCUGGGACGUGAGCGAGCCCGCGGCCGCCGCGGGGGACGGAGUGUCUCGUCCUGGACCAAGCAUCUGCAGGCGGCCUGCGGAGAACGGACAGCCCGUCCCGGGAAAGCUCAUGUCUGUCCGUCCUGAAGGGGAAGAUCGGCUUGGUGGAGGAUGGAUGCCAAAGCUCGCAACUGUUUGCUUCAGCACAAGGAAGCCCUGCAAAGAGACAUCAAGACUUCCUACCUCAUGGAUCACAUGAUUUCUGACCGGGUUCUUAGUUUGUCAGAGGAGGAGAAAAUAAGAAAUCAGCCUACCCAAAGGAAGAGAGCAUCUAUGCUCAUUAGGGUAUUACUUGAAAAAGAUAAUAAUUCAUACAUAUCUUUCUACAAUGCUCUGCUACAUGAAGGCUACAAGGAUUUGGCUUUCCUUCUCCAAGAUGGUAUUCCUCUUCCUUCAUAUAAUGGAAAGGAUUCAGUGGAUGGAGUGACUUCAUAUGUGAAGACAGUGCUGUGUGAAGGUGGUGUACCACAGAGGCCUGUUGUGUUUGUGACCAGGAAGAAGCUGGUGAAGUCGAUCCAAGAAAAGCUUUAUAAACUCAACAGCGAACCUGGAUGGGUCACAGUCUAUGGGAUGGCAGGCUGUGGGAAGUCUGUCCUAGCUGCAGAAGCUGUCCGGGACCACAGCCUCUUAGAAACUUGCUUCCCAGGAGGUGUGCAUUGGGUCUCCAUUGGCAAGCAGGACAAAUCUGGGCUCCUGAUGAAACUCCAGAAUCUGUGCACCCGGCUGGACCAGGAUGGGGCUUUCUCCCAGAGACUCCCGCUGAACCUUGAGGAAGCCAAAGACCGCCUCCGUUUCUUGAUGCUGCGCAAGUAUCCGAGGUCUCUUUUGAUCUUGGACGACAUUUGGGAUUCGUGGGUACUAAAAGCUUUUGACAGUCACCAUCAGAUCCUUCUCACUAGCCGAGAUAAGAGCGUGACCGACUCAGUGAUGGGUCCCAAAUACGUCGUCUCAGUGGAGAGUGGCUUAAGAAAAGAGAAGGGAUUGGAGAUCUUGGCGCUCUUUGUUAAUAUGAAGAAAACAGAUCUUCCCGAGCAAGCCCAUAGUAUUGUGAGGGAAUGUAAAGGUUCCCCUCUUGUGGUAUCUUUAAUUGGUGCCCUAUUACGUGAUUUCCCCAAUCGCUGGGACUACUACCUCAGGCAGCUUCAGAAUAAGCAGUUUAAAAGGAUUAGGAAAUCUUCAUCGUAUGACUAUGAAGCCCUGGAUGAAGCCAUGUCCAUAAGUGUGGAAAGACUGAAUGAAGACCUCCAGAGGUAUUAUAAGGACCUUUCCAUCCUGCAGAAGGACGUUAGAGUGCCCACCAAGGUAUUAUGUAUUCUUUGGGACAUGGAGACUGAAGAGGCUGAGGACAUCCUACAAGAAUUCAUUAACAAGUCCCUCCUGUUUUAUGACCGAAAUGGGAAGUCAUUCCGUUACUAUUUACACGAUCUUCAGGUCGACUUCCUCGUGGAAAAGAACCGUGACCAGCUCCAGGAGCUGCACAGAAAGGUGGUGACUCAGUUCCAGAGAUAUUGCAAGGUGCACUGCCUUGCUUCUGACCAAGAAGACUCCAUGUACUGGUACAGCUUCCUGGCAUAUCACAUGGCGAGUGCUGACAUGCGCCAAGAGCUUUGUGACCUGCUGUUUUCCCUAGACUGGAUUAAAGCAAAGACCGAGCUGGUGGGACCUGCUCAUUUGAUAUGUGAAUUUAUGCGAUAUGGCCGUCUGUUGGAUAAGAAGGGUUGUACCGUCUGUGAGAAUUUUCAAGAGUUUUUAUCUCUCAAUGGACAUCUUCUUGGACGUCAGCCGUUUCCCAGUAUUGUGCAGCUAGGUCUCUGCGAGCCCGAAACUUCUGAAGUGUACCGGCAAGCCAAACGACAGGCCAAGCAGGAGGUCGAUAAAGGGAGGCUGUACUUGGAAUGGAUAAACAAAAAAACCAUCAAGAAACUCUCCCGUUUAGUUGUCCGCCCCCACACAGAUGCUGUUUACCAUGCCUGCUUUUCAGAGGACGGGCUGCGGAUCGCUUCCUGUGGUGCUGAUAAAACCUUACAGGUGCUGAAAGCAGAAACGGGAGAGAGGCUGCUGGAAGUUGAAGCCCAUGAGGAUGAAGUGCUUUGCUGCGCUUUCUCCAAGGACGAUCGAUUCAUUGCGACCUGUUCAGUGGAUAAGAAAGUAAAGAUUUGGAAUGCAAGGACCGGGGAGCUGGUACACACCUAUGAUGAGCACACGGAGCAGGUCAACUGCUGUCACUUUACCAACAGGGAGCAGCACCUUCUCUUAGCCACCGGAUCCAGUGACUGCUUCCUCAAACUCUGGGAUCUGAAUAAGAAGGAAUGUCGGAACACUCUGUUUGGUCAUGCUAAUUCUGUGAACCACUGCCGAUUCUCACCGAACGAUAAAUAUCUGGCCAGCUGCUCAGCGGAUGGGACAUUGAAGCUUUGGGAUGUGAGUUCGGCCAACGAAUGGAGCACCAUUGAUGUCCGGCAGCACUUCCUGAGUUCUGACGGGCUUCAGGAAGACGCGGACCUGAUGGUGAAAUGUUGCUCCUGGUCCAGCGAUGGGGCGCGAGUGAUGGCAGCCGCCGUCAACAGGCUUUUAGUACGUAUGGACGUGUGAUGUUUUUGACGUCAUAGCAGGAACCUGGUAGGAGACAUCCACACUGGUCACAGCAGCACCAUCCGGUACUGCGAUUUCUUUCCCAAGAGUCACCUCGCUGUGGUAGCUCUGUCCCACUACUGUGUGGAGUUAUGGAAUACAGAUACAGGUUUAAAAGUAGCGGACUGCCAAGGACACCUGAGUUGGGUUCACUGUGUGGCGUUUUCUCCUGACGGAUCUUCGUUUUUGACGUCUUCUGAUGAUCAGACAAUCAGGCUUUGGGAGACAAGAAAAGUAUGUAAGAAUUCUGCUGUCAUGUUAAAGCAGGAAGUAGAUGUUGUAUUCCGAGAGGAUGAAGUGAUGGUUCUUGCAAUUGACAACAUACAACGCCUACAACUAAUUAAUGGAAAGACAGGUCAUACCGAUUAUCUGACAGAAGCCCAAAAAUCUCGGAUUACCUGCUGUUGUCUGGGUCCAGGCCUGCGCUAUGUGGCGUUGGGAGAAGAAGAGGGGUCCGUAAAGAUUUUAGAGCUCCCCAAUGGAAGAGAGUUUCUAUCUCGAAUGGGGCAUGAGAAAGCUGUCCGACGGGUCCAGUUCACCUCUGAUGGGAGGACCCUUAUUUCAAGUUCUGAUGAUUCCACAGUUCAGGUGUGGAAUUGGCAGUCGGAGGAGUUUGUGUUUCUCAAAGCGCACCAAGAGCCCGUGAAGGACUUUCGGCUCCUGCAGAGUUCACGGCUCCUGACAUGGUCAUUUGAUGGGACAGUGAAGGUCUGGAAUAUCUUCACUGGCAAAGUCGAGAAGGACUUUAUUUGCCACCAAGGUACAGUUUUGUCCUGUGAUGUUUCUCCCGAUGCCACCAGGUUUUCAUCCACCUCUGCUGACAAGACUGCAAAGAUUUGGAGCUUUCAGAGCCCUUCCCCUCUUCAUGAGCUGAGGGGUCACGAAGGCUGUGUGCGAUGCUCUGUCUUCUCUGGGGACAGCACCCUCCUGGCGACGGGAGACGACAAUGGAGAAAUCAGGAUAUGGAACGUCUCCACGGGGGAGCGGCUUCAUUCCUGUGUUCCUGUGACUGUGGAGAAAGGAGAGGCGACCUACGUGGGCUGGGUGACCGACCUCCGCUUUUCUCCUGAUAGCAGAAUGCUCGUGUCGGCCGGGGGCUAUCUGAAGUGGUGGAACGUGGACACCGGCGAAUCCUUACAGACCUUCUACACCAAUGGAACCAACCUCAAGACGAUACACGUGUCUCCUCGUUUCAAAACAUACGUGACUGUUGAUAAUCUUGGAAUUUUGUAUGUACUACAAGCACUAGAAUGAUAUUGCUACGCCCCGGCGUAAGUCAUCCGUGACUGCUUGGGGCUAGGUGCUUUGGAAUUGGGGGGAGGGGGAGGUCCCAAUCAGACUCUUGUGUGUCAAGUUUUACUAAACUGUGAAUCAUUUUGCAGGAUUGAAUUCAUUACAAGUGCUUGUUGUCAGAUGAAUAAUGUUGAUGUAGAUUUUUCCCCAAACGAGCACACCUUUAAUCUUGUUUUCCAUAAUCAUUAUUAUUGUUAACAGUUUGUACUUUCAGAUGCAGAAGGAAAUUUAUGUAGCUUGUUAUACUGUUGAUAUAAUUCUAUUUUCAGAUAUAUUCAAAUUAGUUGACAUAAUUAAUGAGACUCAGUAAAAAGAACAUAGAUAUCUGGGAAGUAGGAUAAAUGCCUUCCAAGUUUAGGGGGUUGGUCUAGGGAGGUGCCUUCACAGAGGAACUAUUACCUUCCACUAACCGAACCUCACCCCCCCCGCCCCCCCAUUGUGGGGGAAGGCAUUUGGAUGAAAGAGAAUUUCUUAAGUUAAAAUGUGUUAUAUCUCAUAAAUGUGCUUUAUGAGGAGCUGUGUAAUUGAGCCGUCUUGGCAUUGGGGUCAGGAAGACGUGGGGUCACUUCCUGCAUCUGCUGUGUAGGGGAAAGUCAUUUAACCUGUCAGUGUCCCACUCUUUAAAACUAUUAAGUGGAAGAUGAUCUGCAUUGGUAGAGGGAAUUUCUAUAUCAGGGUCUCUACCAGUGAAGUCACAGGUCUGGGCUAUUCCCCCCCAAACUGCUUUAAAAAUAUUUUGUGGUUGCAAUGUUGACUUAAAUUGACUCAGGACAGUGAACCUUUAAAUUUCAAACUUGUUCCUUUAUAAAACAGUCAUUAUGAAAGUAUGAGGAAAAACCAAAUCCAUUAGCCCACAUAUUUUCAUUCCCUCCCCCUCCCCCAGUGAACAUGGUACCAGGGAGAUUGUAGUGGGCCAGCCAUAAGUAAACUCUAGAAAUGUGGUUUGGGCCUCAUGUUAUGGGCUCUCAGUCCCUUCACCACUCCAUCCUGGUCAGAAUCCUUUGUUGUCUGAGCCCUGGACUCAGAAUUAUUAGAAUCCUUUUUUUUUUUUUUUUUUGGUGAGUGAAUACCUUUCUACUGGAAAGUAGUUUUGGGGUAAGGGAAACCCAUCUUCAUUAGGGGAAAGUUUAAUUAUAGAUUGAAUUAUGCUUUGAUAGUGCUAUCUGCUUCUUUGACGAAUGGCAUGACUUAUGCUAAUCUCUCUGGGUCUCCAUUUCCUUAGCUACAAAAUGAACUAGAUGGUCGUUGAAGGUCCCUUCCAUCUCAGUGAGAUUUUAAAACUGCUGGUUUUUUUUUUUAAAUGAACAGAGAACCCUCUAGGACUUGGUCCAUGUUUAAAGGAAAGGCUUUAUAACUCUCAGCAAUGCCAGUUGUAACUUUGUAGAAUUUUUUUUUUUGCCCCCUGUGAAAAGUGGGUGUUCCACUUGGGGUGCUGCGGAUAUCUCAGGACUGACUGUUUUGAAACUUGCUAAAUGAUCUAGCCAUACCAGAGAGUGCCAUUCAUUCGAAUGCAAAAUUAUACCAGUAUUCAGCAGUGGGAGGAAGGGAAUGGAGAAUUAGAGGAGUAUUAUUGUAGCAUAGAGCUCUCUCAGGGGAUCCUCUAGUCCUCUUUUACAGAUAGGGAAACCGAGGCCUUGAAAGGUGAGGUGACUUUGCCCAGGGUCCCGUAGAUCACAAGUGACUGAGUGAGGACCUGAACUUUCCAGUCCUUUUCUGCAAGCUCAGCAUUCUUUCUGCUGCAACAUGAAAGCUGUGAAAUGAGGCUACCAAAGCAGGAGUCCUGCCCCUCGCCCUUAACCACAUUCCUUCACUGUUCUGAGCCUCAGUUAUGCAGUCUACAAGGUGGGCAUCAAUAGCGCUUUCACCCUCAUAUCGGAGGGAGAAGCUCUUAUGUGGUUUGUUAUUACAGUUAACAAAGCCAAGCUUUCUGCAUUUUUAAAUGCAGUUUGCCAGUCUUAAGAAAAGUCUAGAUGAGAAACUAGAGUUCUGUGGUGGGGUCUUGAUGCAAUGACGAUGUCACCUGUGGGUGUGCAGCUGAUGAGCUUUCUGUCAUCUGUGCUAAGCUGAUGGACUUACUGAGAGCAAGAAAAUACAUCAUGGAGCGUAUUUCUAGAGUGGAUGUCUAGGAUUCAGGACAACUUUAGAGCUCACUGAUGGACAAGGAGGAUAAAAAACACCCCCCAGACCCUCUGCUGUUCUCCAUGAGCUAAGUUUUUCUCAUGGUGCGUAGAGAAUAACAGCCUCAGGUAUAUGCCCUUUUAACCAAAACCAAUAUAUGAAAAUCUGAAGUUGUUGUUUUUCCCUUUAAAAAGAACUAGUUAGCAUGUAAAUAGUUUCCUUUUGUCUGGUCAGAAUUGGAUUUAUAGCAAUAUUUAUAUGUGACUUUUCCAAAAACACCUCUAAUUACACACAGCCAGGCAUGGUUUGUUCAUAGAAUUAGAGAUGUAGAA